AUGGAAGUAAAGAAGGAAGUUGUGGAUGAUGGCGAGGUGAAACAGAUAGGAGAAAUUGCGAAUUGUGAGCUGAUCAUGGCGUCGGCUAAUGACUGGGAUCGAUACACGAUUUUGAAACUUCUUGAGCAGAAGCAGCCGAGUGUUAUUGUGCUGUAUACAAUGAAUCUGCAGACCCUGCGGCAGAUUGAACUUUAUCGCGCAUGUAACCCUAAAAAAUACUUACAAGUUUAUUGUCUGCAGUACCUUGAAUCGACCGAAGAAAGCCGAUAUUUGGAAUCGAUUAACCGCGAAACUUUGGCGUUUGAAGCGCUUAUCAGAGAACAAGGGACGUUGAUGAUUGCUCGAGAAUUUAAUGUUGAACGGGAGGAGCCACCAAAGAUAAAGACGUCGACGAGAGAUGGUGGUGGCGAUCAAGACGAUCCCGAGAAUAUUGAACGGCCCAAAGUCAUCGUUGAUAUGCGAGAAUUUAAUAGCGAGCUUCCAACAGUUUUGUAUACAAAAGGGUACGACGUGGUGGCGGCAACACUCGAGGUUGGUGAUUACAUCCUGUCGACGAACAUUGCGGUGGAACGGAAAGCGCUUGAUGAUCUCACACAAUCGUUGCAAUCUGGAAGAGUGUUCAAGCAAAUUGAGCAAAUGUUGCUGCAUUACGAGUGCUCGGUUUUGCUGGUAGAAUCGAGUACCAAGUUUGAGACCAAGAUAGUGAAUGGAGGACCGUUUCAGGGAGAAUUGAGCCGUCAUUGUCGCGAGGUGCGCUCUCGUCUUUGUGCAUUAAUCCGAGCACAUCCGAACAUGCGAAUUAUCUGGUCGAUGUCGCCAACAAAUUCCGCCGAAUUGUUCAUUGAACUAAAAUUGAAUUCUCCCGAACCUGACGUUGAUAAGGCAGUAUCACUAAAAGUCGACCAGGUCGAAGAGGAGGAGGAGGAGGAGCCAGCGGCGAAGAAGCGAAAAGAGAAGAAGAAGAGAAAAGCAAAUCCGACUCUUGUUCGAGCUCUCAGCACACAUUUGGAUUUGAGGAAUCAGGAUGUGCAAAAGUUCAUGGUUGAAUCCUCAGUAACCAACUUGGCCGAGCUGUUUUCCUCAAAAUUGUCAUAUGAAUCAAUUUCGGAGUUUUUCCCACAACCGAAGCAGGAAUUAAUUAAAACGCUUGCAACUUUUGAUUUUAGCAAGAAAUGA